AUGUCAAUGCACAUCCCCCUCCGCCGCACGGUGGUCACGCUCACCACGACAACACCACGCCUCCCCGGAUCCUCAUCAUCAUCCACCACCGGCGCCGCAACAACUUUCAUCUGCUCUCAAUGCCGCCACGCAACGCUCCUCCGGCGCCCGAAGCGUCCCUACACCUUCACGCAACUAAUCACCCUCUCGGACGGUAGCACCUUCACGCACCGCACCACCUCGCCAGCACCCGUCUACCGCUCCACGCGCGACACGCGCAACUCACUCCUGUGGAACCCGUCCAGCAGCAAGCUGAUGAAUGUGGAAGAGGAUGAGGCCGGUCGACUAGCUGCGUUCCGCGCGCGCUUUGGUCGCAGUUGGGAUGCUAGUUCGCCGGCUGCAGAACCUGCCUCUGCCUCUGCUGCUCCAGGUGCAAAGGGGGAGAAGACUGCCGCCGAUGCCAAGGCGGAUGAAGAGGCUGCGAGGGCAGCCAAGGCGCAGGCGCAGGCCGAUCAGGAGGAGGAGGAUAACUUGUUGGAUUUGAUUAGUUCAUUUGGGCAGGAUGAGCCUCAGCAUGGGCCUGGGUCGGGGUCUGGGAAGAAGAAAUAA